CCAGUCGCUACUAUAUCUCCAGAGUAAUAUUUUAGAUAAACGUCUUCCUUUACUCAUAUCAGCGUUUAAGCAAGUUAUUAAUAAGUACUUUAUAUCUAUUUAGCGCGUGUCUGCUUUGUGGAACUAUUGUCACCCGCCCUCCCGAAACAACGGCUCCUAUACUAUCAAUAAAACGAUAGCGAAGACGAUAAACUCGCUUUCUGCAGGCAGAGUAGGCAUUGGUUCUCGGAGCAGGUUGAUAUCCGCUUCAUUCGAGCACGGAGCGACACAAUAGAGAACAACUGAUCCAACCCGCGAACUGUAGGACCCAGCGGCGCCCUGGCCGGCCUCCCGCUAGGAUACACCUGUUUGGCGGAGGAAUUAGUGUCCCCGAGGCCCCGCCCUCUCUAUGCAGGUCUGCUGACUUAUUUUGCAUGGAGUUAUAGAAGAUUCAGUUCUCUUAAACUACUGUGAUUGACACUUUAUAACAAUGAGGUUAUUUCGAAGGAACUAUGGACCCCUCAAGCUGGCUAUGGUGGGCGUUGUUUUUGUGAUAUUUGUGUUCAUGAUGCACAAAGAUGUUGGGAAUGGAGCAAAAGAUGACCCUUGGAUAAAAAACAUAGUUGUUAAAAAAGAUCAAAUGUUGGAUAUGAUGAUGGGGGCUGUGAACAAUUUAAGGGAUUCUAUGCCAAAGCUCCAAAUUAUGCCCCCUGGUCAAGACGUAGCACCUGUAGAGGUGAUAAAGUCAUGCCUACCUGGAUAUUACACACCAGCAGAACUUAAACCAUUUAUGGAGAGACCUCCACAAGACCAAAAUAGCCCUGGUGCUGAUGGGAAAGGAUUUAAAAAGGACAGCUGGACCAAAGAGGAGACUAAAGAAAAAGAAAAAGGAUUUGACAAGCAUUGCUUCAAUGCAUAUGCCAGCGAUAGGAUUUCCCUUCAUAGAGCCUUGGGCCCUGACACCAGACCUCCAGUGUGCAUUGAGCAGAAGUUCAAGCGCUGCCCUUCACUGCCCACAACCAGUGUUAUAAUUGUCUUUCACAAUGAGGCUUGGUCGACUCUUCUUCGUACAGUGUAUAGUGUCUUAUACACCUCACCAGCCAUUCUACUGAAAGAGAUCAUUCUAGUAGAUGACGCCAGUGAAGAUGAAUAUCUGAAGGAAAAGCUGGACGACUAUGUAAAGGCAUUACAGAUUGUGAAAAUUGCAAGACAGAAAGAGAGAAAGGGAUUAAUCACAGCAAGGUUGCUGGGUGCCAGCAUUGCCACGGGUGAAGUGUUGACCUUCCUGGAUGCCCACUGUGAAUGUUUUCAUGGUUGGCUGGAGCCUUUGUUGUCAAGAAUUGCAGAAGAUUACACCGCUGUUGUAAGUCCAGACAUCACAACUAUAGAUCUUAACAGCUUUGAGUUUGCCAAACCGGUCCAAUAUGGCAAAACACACAGCCGUGGAAACUUUGACUGGAGUUUGACUUUUGGUUGGGAAGCAAUCCCUGAAGCUGAGAAGUUGCGGAGAAAAAAUGAAACCUAUCCCAUCAAGACUCCUACGUUUGCCGGAGGUCUCUUCUCCAUUUCCAAAGCCUACUUUGAACACAUUGGCUCCUAUGAUGAAGACAUGGAAAUCUGGGGAGGAGAAAAUGUGGAAAUGUCUUUCAGGGUCUGGCAGUGCGGUGGGCAGCUGGAAAUCAUUCCCUGCUCUGUGGUUGGUCAUGUUUUUCGCACAAAGAGUCCUCAUAGUUUCCCUAAGGGUACCCAGGUGAUCUCCAGGAACCAGGUGCGCCUGGCAGAGGUGUGGAUGGAUGACUACAAAAUCAUAUACUACAGGAGGAAUGAUCAGGCUGCAAAAAUGGUUAAAGAGAAAUCCUUCGGGGACGUUUCUAAAAGACUCAAGCUGAAGGCAGACUUGCACUGUAAGAACUUCACAUGGUACCUUGAAAAUAUCUAUCCUGAAUUGUUUGUACCUGACCGGGAUCCAACAUAUUCCGGUGCGGUUAAAAAUGAAGGAGCACAGAAGUGCCUUGAUGUAGGGGAGAACAAUCAUGGUGGAAAGCCGCUGAUAAUGUAUCCAUGCCAUGGAAUGGGUGGCAACCAGUAUUUCGAAUAUAGUACACACAAGGAACUGCGCCACAACAUCGCAAAGCAACUAUGUUUGCGUUCUAAAUAUGGUCCGGGGCAAGUGGAGCUUGGCGAGUGCCAGUACAAGGGAAAGAAGACAACUGUGCCGGGCAAUGAAGAAUGGGAAUUUACGAAGGACCGUUUACUUAGAAAUGUGGGUUCCAACAUGUGUUUGACAGCACGAGGUGAACACCCAUCCACUGCAGAAUGCAACCCUGCAGACAUUCACCAACGCUGGGGUUUCAGCUAAAUGUGAAAUGGUAGCUGGCGGGUACUAGUAGUUUCAGCUACCACUAUGCCUCAAGUGCCUUUUUAAUGCACUGGACCUUAGGAAAGGAUCCAUCAAUGACCAAAGUGACCUAUUUUGGAUUUCAUCGAAAAUACAAGAAUUCUCAUUUUGUCCUCCACAGAUGUUAUUUUUUACAAAUGUGCCUUACGUAACUAAUGUAAAACAAGAUAAACCUAAAACCAGGCAGAUAAUAUGAACACAGGGCUGCACCAAAAUGCUAGUGUCUUGAGCCAAAUGGAAAUUGUGGAUUCAAAUCUGCAGUCUCUCUCCAUCAUCUACUCGUUUUUACAGAUUAAAUCAAACAAUUAUGAGUGCAGUCAAUGACGUUUUCCUUGUUUCCUUACAAAUAUUGGAUCAGUUUCUCCAUAGAAAUAUUCUUGGGUCUUGCCAGCAGAACAUUAGAAAUCAACUGACAUCUUUACAUUUAGACAUUUUUUUUGCAGAUCGCUUUUUUUAAAUGCAUCUUGAUAUUUUGGAACACUGACUUCAAACAUUUUAACCGUAAGAAGACAAACCAGCCCAAACUGUAUGGCACUGGUGCUAUAAGACCCUAACCCCAAGGGAGCAAACUUUGGGAUAAAUUAGCUGAAGAAGUGCCCUUCAAAGACACAAUCUCUUGUGAUACCUUCAACUUGCUGGACUGAGUUACAUAGGGAUAAGAAGUCAUUUAUCUGGCUAUUUAUCAGUGCGGAAUAUUAAAUGCACAGUCUGCUUUUAAUAAGA